CCAGGCCUAAGGCCUUUUGGCUUUGGAAUCUGAUGAGAGCCUUUGGUCUCAGGGGCAACAGCAGACAGACCCAAAGCUUGCCAGCAUACGAGUCCUGGCAUUGUGACCUCAGCUGUUCCGCCCACAAAGAGGUGAUCAGCCCAAGCCUAAAAAGAGCUACAAGGCCGUUUGCAUGGAACUGAAGCCAGAGCUGACACAAAUAUAUGAUGUCAAAGGACUUAAACAAGAAGGGCUAUGCAUCAGAAAAGGGAUGACACAGGAGCUGAAGAAUGGACUCAGGGAGGUGAGAGAAGAACUCACAGAAAAAAUUGAAGAGAUAAAACAGAUAAAGAGUUUAAUGGACAAAGAUUUCGAUAAACUUCAUGAGUUUGUGGAAAUUAUGAAGGAAAUGCAGCAGGAUAUGGAUGAAAAGAUGGAUGUUUUAAUUAAUAUUCAGCAGAACAACAAGCUUCCCUUUCAAAACCAACCAAAGGAGCAGCAGAAAUUCAGGAGGAGAGGAAAGAUGGGCAAAAACUCCCAGAUCAUCAUCAUGGAAGAAUCCGAUGAAGUAUCAUUGACUAGUGAGAAGACGGUGGUCCUACCAAAAACAACGAAUAACCCAAUGGAUCCCCUUCAAGCAUGCGAGAAAUGUUUGUUGUGUGCCCUAAAGACCACCUGCAAUCAGGGGAGACCUUCACACCAUGCCUGGGCGCCUUUUUCACCCUUGUCAUCUGGAGCUGCUUUCUGAUUUAUAUCUAUUUUACCCUUGACGAGAUGGAGUAUGUCAUUCCAACCUA